CGUAAAAAGUUCUACGCACGAGUUCAGGAUGUUUCCGCGUAGGAGGGUACCUGCGAACUCGCGUUGACUCAAAUCUUGCGUGAAGAGAGCUAUUGGACAGCUGUGCCACCUAUGUCAUGUGAGAAUUUUGCUACGUAUUGAAGACGAAGGCAAGGCGGGAGGCAUAGCUUGCAGCGGACUUCUGAGCUUACGCCAGGGCCGAGUGCGGUGGCCACACGGAGGAGGCGCGAGCGGGGGCAGCUGCUUCUGACAUGGCGGCUCAGUGCUACAUUGACCUGGCUCGGCUGCUGGCCACGGGCGCCCGCUCCUUCUCGCCGCACGCCGCGCCCCUGUACUCGGACAUCACACUCAUCGCGCCGGACGGCAGGCAGCUCAAGUGCCACCAGAUGGUGUUGGCGGCGUGCAGCAAGCGCCUAGCCACUGUGCUCAAGUCAGGCUCCUUCACCGGCCAGAAGCUGCCGGUGCAGGGCGUGGACAGCGAGGCGCUGGACACCCUGAUCGAGGCCUUCUACACCGGCGAGUGCCCGCUGUCGCUGGGCAGCGCCGUGGCGGUGUUCGACGCAGCAGUCAAACUGGAGGUGAACGGCCUGCCCGCUGCUGUGGAGGAGUUUGUGGGCGCGGCGCUCAGCCCCAGCAACGCGGUGCCGCUGCUGCAGGCGGCGCUGGAGGCCAAGACGCGGAGGCUGGUGGAGCUGUGCCUGGGAUACGUGCGCAGCAGGCUGUCCGAGGUGGUGUCUGGUCCGGAGUUCACCAGCUGCGGUCUGGAGGCGGCCGCCGCCAUCACCGCCGACGUCGCCAACCACCGCCACCCGCCGCAACUGGCGCUGCAGGUGGCGUCGGCCUGGCUGCGAGGCGGCGGCGGCGGCGGGGCGGGAGGUGGCGGCGGCGGGCGGUUGCAGCUGCUGCCGUUGAUGGCGGACCAGAUUGGCAUCGGCGCGGACGUGCUGUUCACCUUCAUGGCGCGGCAGGGCCCCGGCAGCCCCCAGCUGGGAGGCGGCGGAGGCGGAGGCGGCGGCGGAGGCGGAGGCGGGGAGGGCGCGGACGGCAACAACUCGAGCGGCAGCGGCGGGCACGGCAAUGGCGGAGGUGGAGGAGGUGGCGGCGGAGGUGGCUCUAACAGCAUUAACGGUGUCGGCGGCAGAGGUGGUGGUGGUGGUGGUGGUGGUGGUGGUGGUGGGGGGCAGCUGUCGCUGCUAGGGGAGGCGCAGGGUCUGGACGGCGGCGGCGGCGGCGGCGGCAUAGCGCUGUCGUCACUGCCGCUGCUGCAGCAGCUACUGCCGGGGGCGGCGGGGCAGCUGCAGCUGCAACAGCUCACGGCGGCGGCGGCGGCAGCGGCGGCGGGCAUGGACGAUGGAAGGGGCGGCGGCGGCGGCGGCGAGGACGGGAUGGGUGGCGGCGGCGGCGGCGGCAGUGACGACCGGCUUGCUGAGCUGCGGCGGGAGUUGAACAGUGCGGUGGAGGCCGCGGGUGGCGGCGGCGGCGGCGGUGGCGGCCGCGGUGGUGGUGGUGGCGGUGUGGGGCUGGGCGGUGGGUCAACGGGUGUGAACGGCAAGCGGCCGCGGCCCGAGCAUGAGGGGCUGGGCAGCGGCUGGGACCAUGACACGCUAGGGUCCCUGGCGGCCCGCGGCCUUCACGGCGACAUGGACCUCCUUGGGCUGGGGGGCGGCGGCGGCGCCGACGGCGGCGGCGGCGCCGGGGCGCUUGCACUGCUGGGGGCCGGCCGCGGCGGCGGCGGCGGCGGCUCAGGGCCGCUGUCGGCGACGCCGGGACUGCCCGCCAUUGGGCCAGCCGGCGGCGGCGGGCGGGGCGGGCUGCUGUCAGGGCCAGGGCCGGGAGGCGGUGGCGGUGGCGGCGGCGGGCUGGGCGAUCUGGCGCCGCCGCAGCUGUCCUCCGGGCGGGACCGCAAGUCUGCGGGGGUCAAGGGCGUGUGCCACGUGGAGGGCUGCUACGCCGACCUGACCGGAUUGCGCGACUACCACCUGAGGUACAAGAUAUGCGAGUUCCACCUCAAGGUUCCCUCCGUCCUCAAGGACGGUGUGCCCCAGCGCUUCUGCCAGCAGUGCGGCCGCUUCCACCCCCUGGCCGAGUUCGACGGCAGCAGGCGCAGCUGCCGAACCAUGCUGGCGCGGCACAACAUGCGGCGAGCCAAGAAGCUGGGCCAGGUGGGCUCCGACCCAGACGACCGAGAUGAGCGGGACACCAGGGACACCAGGGAGCGCGGCCGCGGCAGGGGCGGACGCGGCGGCAGCGCCGGCAACGGCACCAACAGCGCCGGCAGCCCGCUCGGCGACGACGGCGGCGGCGGCUUUGGCAGCGCCGGCAGUGGCGGCCUGGACGGGCUCGCCGGGUUGGGGGGCCUGAGCGGCGGCGGCGCCGGCGGCUUGGGUGGGUUGCCGGUGCUGCCUGGCCUGCCGGUGCUGGGCAGCCUGGGCGGCGGCGGCGGCGGCAGCGGGCUGCUUGGAGGUGUGGGUGGCGAUGUGGAGCGGCUGGGCGGGCCAGAGGGGCUGGCAGGGCUGGGGCUGCCUGAGGGCAUGUCGCUGCAGGACGCGGUGGCGGCGGCCAUGGCGGCGUCACUACCGGGCGGCGGCGGCGGCGGCGGCGGCGGCGGUGGUGCAGGUGGCGGCGGCGGCGGCGCGCCGGGUGGCCUGCUGGCGGGUCGGCGGCUGAGCGAGCUUUUGGACGAGCUGUCCGGAGGCGGUGGCGGCGGCGGCCGGGGAGGAGGCGGCGGCAGCGCAGGCGGCUUUGGCGGCGGGCUGAGCAGUGCGCAGGUGGGCUCCUUGCUGGAGGCGCUGACGGGAGCUGGAGCAGGCGACGGCGUCGGUGGCGGCGGCGGCGGCCAGGGCAACUUCAAGCUGCUAGGCGCGAGCGGCAUGGGAGGUGGUGGAGAUGGUGGCGGCGGCCUGCUGGGCGUGUCGUCAGCACAGCAGGAUGCGGUGGCGGCGCUGGCGGCGCUUGGGAGGGCUGGCGGCGGCGGCAGCGGUGGUGGUGGUGGCGGCGCCGACAUGAGUGGUGCCAAUGGCGGCGGCGGCAUGCACUGACACCCGGGUAGCCCGGCGGCGGAGUCUGAUGCCUCGGGUGGUGCCGCCGCCGAACCCGCACCCGGAAUAGCGGGAUGCGGUGAAGCCGUUAGCCCGUUGGACACGACGGCUGCCGCAGUCACGCCUGGGCCCGGUCCCGGCCCCUGUGGACCGGCGGCCUAGCCGUGGCUAGCUCCGUGCCCUGCCACCACGGUAGGGUUGGUGCUCCGGUACGAGCAUUUAAACUGCAUUUUGUAUUCAAGUGUCCGGUAUGGUUGCCGAUGACCGCCCGAAAGGCGGCUGUUUCUUUCCUUACGACCACGGUAAUGCGACAACUGCCUGGCUGUUUGAUCACGAUAUUGAACCUUAUAUGUGCCAUACUCCUGUCAUGAUUUCUGCCGCUGCAAAUUGGGGUAUUUUUUAAUGUGUGGCUGGGGUGCCUGGCUCUUAGGGCCACAUACCCCACACCACGCAGCACUGGGCGCAGGGAGAGGGCGGCGAUGUCAAUAUGCCGGUACUGCAUUUACAACCGUACCAAUACCGUACAUUGAUGUGAGAUUCGGGGAUGUGGAUAGCAAGUCUGAGACGGAUAAGAAGACUGGCAGAGGGUGGGGCCGGACACGUGCGGACCCCGUCCGAUACGGCGGCUGUGGGCCCUCCGACAUGGCCCCAGGUCUCGCGUCAUGGCUGACGCCGCGUGUGUUGCUACUUUGUUUGGAUUUGGUGUAUGUAGUGGCAUAGCUAUCACAAUCAUAAUUGCGUGUGGGCGGGUGUUCAUGCCGUGCCGAUCAUAAUUGCAGGGCGGCCGCCUCCUAAACGGGCCACUGGGGCCGCGCGUGUGUCACCUGCUAUGGCUGGCGGCGGAGACUGCGUUUUCGGGAACUGCUUUCCAAACCACUAACGCUGUCGAUGGGACUUGGAAGGACGCUUGUUAGAGGGAGGAGAGGGCAGAAACGCCCUGGCAAUGAGUUAUGCACACCUCACUGGGUUUGUAUGUUUGCUUCUCAUGACAUUAAGGUGCGAUGCCAAUGUGCCAUGGGUGGUGCCGCCGCACUGACGGCGCCGCGACGCUUGCAGCAGCCGCCACACCGCCCUCAUAUUAGGGCGAGGGCCAGGCCGGCGGAUGCGGUGGCGUGAGGCCCUUAAGUGCGUGGUCCUAGUGACGGGCCGGUGGGCGCUGCCGCUGCCGCUGCCGGUACCUGGCCCCGCCCUGAGCAAUGUGGCGGGGCGGCUCUUGCAUCGCACACACGUGUCACAGGGCUUGAGCUGAUACACGGGCGUUUUACACACGGUUUGAGGUGCCGCCUGCCUGCCUGCCUGCAGAUGCGCGGGCAAGGUGUGUGUGUGUGUGUGUGUGUGUGUGUGUGUAUGUGUGAACUAGCGGCCGUGCACCUGUUGUCCGGCCCGUGGCAGCGACGGCCCGCAGGCGAAGCGCAGCACUGGGGCAUGGGCACACACACACACAAACACAUGGCCCGUACUUACUGUUGUGGAACUCAAUCCCGGUGGCGAACCGUGGAGGAUGGAAUGAUGGAUGCGCGCGUCGGGUCACCGCGAAGGAGAACGGCCGCCGACACGCCUCCUGAUCUGCUGUUGCACUUUGCUGUUGACGUGUAGGCGCGCGUAGGCCCGAGGCACUAGGAACUGAUAUACAGUAGCGUAUGCGGGUUAGGGAGAGGCGGUGGAGGGGAGGAGGACACGCGUGCGAGCGGUCGUGGCGGGAGGCUGCGCGGAAUGCUGUUGGCUUGGGGGCGUUGCUGUUGGCACAGCAGUUGUUAGUCGGUUGGUUUGAGCCGGUUAGGGUAGGGGGCGGAAGGGGAUGGUUGGCGGUGUGAGUGUGCGGGAGUUAACCAGAGCGGUGUGGCAGCGGGGAUGGCAUGGGAGCAAUGCCCCGGAAGCAAGUCGCCCUCCUUCCAGGAGAAAGGGUGCGUGUGUGAGUCAGUGUGUGUAAAUUUAAUGCACA